AUGUUCUUCCUGGAGACUACAGCGUUGUCGACAAGGAGCUACCCGUUGAUCCACAAGCACUACCAGAGCUUAAAAGAUGUAGCAGCCGCCAAACUCACCUAUGGCAUAUUGUCUCACACCUGGGGCAAAGAUGAAGUCACAUACGCCGAUGUGGUUGCUCAGCGCGGCACAGACAAGGCGGGUUAUGCCAAAGUGAGAAAUGCCAUUCAAUGCGCUCGCGAGGAUGGCUUCAAGCUCAUCUGGAUCGACAGUUGCUGCAUCAACAAGGACAGCAGCGCGGAGCUUAGUGAGGCCAUCAAUAGUAUGUACGCCUGGUAUAGCGCCGCCGGAAAGUGCUAUGCAUUUCUCGAAGAUGUCAUAUACCCAGAGAAAGCCGAUAUGACUGAGAUCGAGCCAGCGUUUCGCUCUUCACGGUGGUUCCGCCGUGGUUGGACAUUACAGGAACUGCUUGCACCUAGAGAUCUAGUCUUCUACGAUCAAGAAUGGAGACGCAUCGAGAACAAGGUGCGAAUACAAGCUAUAGUCGCCAAAGCGGCACGCAUCAGAACAGACAUACUGACCGGUCAACGUCUCCUCAGCUCCGCGAGUGUAGCUGAGCGCAUGUCUUGGGCUGCAGGUCGCGAAACCACACGAGAGGAAGACGAGGCCUACUGCCUUAUGGGACUGUUCACUGUCAACAUGCCUAUGCUUUAUGGUGAAGGAGACCGAGCCUUCCAGCGCCUGCAGGAGGAAAUCAUGAAAGUGUCAGAUGAUCAUUCACUUUUCGCUUGGAUGAGCAAGUCUCUGAAGCCUGGCGAACUCCAUGGCUUACUGGCUGACUCGCCGAAUGAUUUCGCUUUUCUGGAAGCACCCGAUAUUCGAGCGUAUAGUAGCUGGGAGAAGGAGUCACCAUACGCGAUGACCAACCGUGGGCUCGAUAUUGAGCUACAUCUAUCGCCACGACAUGAUACGGAUCGUCACUUCACGGCAGCGCUGCAUUGCCCCAGUCCCACUGGUCAAGGUACCUUCCUAGCAGUUGUCCUACAGAAGCUCGGCUCUGCGCGAGACGACGACAGAUAUGCUCGAGUGCAGUGCCAUCGUUUGCAAGCCAUCGGGGAGCGAGGUGUACGGAUCUCCAUGUACAUUCCACAGGGAAUAGUCUUCGAUGACCAAGAAGGUGAAUAUCCCCUUCACGUCCUGAAGUUGGAAGAUCUACCCGCGCCGUAUGUGUACCUUGACAUCGAGAGAGUCAACCCGUUCAACAACGAUGACAAGCGAAUGCUGCCAGAAGUGGCCUCGAACCGAUAUGCCAAGAUCCUCAAGACCGAAGGGCGAGUCGCUGUUAUAUGCACCAUCAAGGACACAGCCACCGAUACUACCUUCCUAAUCCGGCUCGGAUCAGCAAAGCGCCUGACUGUAGGCUUCGAUGUCGUCGGCACCAGACUGCUAGACUACAAGCCACUUGACUCUGGCCGCACCACCGACUUACCUGUACAUCAGCUACGUAUCGAUAUGCCUGAGCGCGUUUUUCCUGGGACCAAGAUCUACAUUGUUCAGUUCACGAUUCAACGCAAGCAGACGGCGCUUGCGACACAGAUAUAUGAAGACGUCACGGAUCGCUUGGCGGGCAUGAUUCCUGUGCAGCCAGCUACUGCGAGACCGCGGCAGCUAGAGCCGAAGCCUCGGACGACAUCUAAUCGCCAUGGAUUCCUACGCAAUGUAGGACUGCGGCGAUGA